AUGGCGCAGCACCUGAUUGUAUCUCUGACUCGCUUCAGUAUGAAGCACAAUCACGAAUGUUGCGGUCAUGAUCGCAGAGACUUUUGGAUACCCCGACAGCUCGAUCGGGGUAAGUAGGGUUAAGUACCUGUUCUCAGACCUGUUCUGUUAAUGACUCCUAAAACUCGAUUGUAUUUAGAAAGUAAUUCCAUUGAUAUACGGUCUGCGCUGGAACCUUCAAGCAAAACCUACAAAAGCUGCAACUGGUGCAAAACUUUGCCGCUCGUCUUGUGAUUAACACCAAGAAGUUUGAUCAUGUUAUUCCAGUAUUACGGAAAUUACAGUGGCCCCAAGUCAAGAGUAAGCAGGAUGUACGGGAUGUCACACUUUGGGAUAAGAUUAUUUUGUAUAAGAUUAUCUGAUUAUCUGAUUAUCUAUCCAGUAAGAUCAUCAAAAGGUCGGAUGGACAUAGUUAAUAGAGAUCAGUUGCAAUGUUAUCUCCCCUCUGUAGAACUGCUACUGUUCCGUGUUCCUUUUUUUAUCGUUCAAUAAAUAUCGCUUUGCUAAUAAACUCUAGCAACAGCGAACCGUUCAGUAAUUUUAAAAACAAUAUUAGGGGUGAACUAUUUAGCAUAUAAGUUGUAAUGAAUGUAGUCUGAAUUUCAGACGAUUACUUCUAGUCGUUUUCUCGUCUCACUUACUGAGGGAGUAAAAACCACUCGAAGUAAUCGUCAGAAUCGUCUGAAAUUCAGGCUAUACCGAAUGACCUUAGCUUAGUUUUUUACGAUGCUUGUAACUUAAGGUAAUUAUUAUUCCUUUAAUUUGUAACUUAUCUCAGAAAAGCCCCUUAGGGAGAUAUAAUAAAGUUAUUGUAUUGUAUUAUAUCGUAUUGUAUUGUAUUGUAUUGUAUUGUAUUGUAUUGUAUUGUAUUGUAUUGUAUUGUAUUGUAUUGUAUUGUAUUGUAUUGUAUUGUGUUGUAUUGUAUUGUAUUGUACUACUGUGACUUAAGCUCGCAACUAAGGUUUUUGCACAAAAGACAUUUAUUAUAAGUAUUUAAAAAGCCUUAAUCAUAUACCGAAAAGUUUCUAGCCGUAUGACAGGCACGUUAAAUUUUCUACUUGCCGUUUUCAUAGCGCUUAAGCUUGAGGCCUUGAAGUACUCCUUAUGGAGGGUAACUAAUUUCGCGAUUUCGGCGAGACAGUAUUUCGCAGGGUUAUAUUUUCGCGAUUUUAACCGGCAAAUAUGAAAAAAAGGCAUUAAAUUAGGCGAUUUAAGUGUUCUCAACUUCUUUUCAUGUUUCGAAACUUCUCAACUUUUUAAAAUUUCUAGAUAAACUGGAACAAGUAAUUUGUGAAAUCGUUGCAAAUUAACGUUAUUUCGCAACUGAAGAUACAAAAUGGAACUUACCAGAACUUAUCAGUACAGCCAAUUAACAAUUUGUAUAGUUGUCGAUAGGAGUCUUGUAUAUGUUGAUGAUACUACAUGACAAUAUUAUUUUCCUUGUUUAAAUUUUCUCUGUGAGUAUUAACAGGGUCACUGAUUAAAUUUCACAUGCUCAAAUUUCGCGAAUUUUUUACAAUCGCCAAAAAACGCGAAAUUUAAGACCCUCGAAAUUAAGUACUAAUAUGUAACUCAAUUUCUUAAACAAAAGGGUCUAUGAAACUGUGAAAGGAGUCAUUUCAAAAGUAGCAUUGCCAAGCACCGUUUAAAGACGAAACAUCAAAUUGACUGGGACUCUGCGAGAUGUAUAACGUAUUCUACAGACUACUUUCAACGUCUUACUUUAGAAAGCUGGUUUACUAACUUAGACCAAACGCCACUGAAUCGUUGUCAACAGUUACCAGCGCCGUAAAAAGGACUUAUUGACGAGAUCAAGCAAAACUAACUACGAGAGGACGACUGGAGAACCGACAAUUUGACUAACAAUAGACGACUGUUUAACUGUGACAAUAGACGGAUCGAAAAGUACCAAUUACUGAUUACGAGUCUUCAUACCCAAUAACAUCACAGCUUAACUGACGGACGACCAAUAAAAUCGCGACUUAAUUGACCAAUCAGAUCAAUAACCAGAGUAUAAUACCAUCAACUGACGUGAUACAACUCACUUUGACUCUGAAGAUGACUACCGCACAGGUUGUCGAAACGUCAGUCACUGUCAACAACAACAGUCCUAUUCAGGACUACGUUCACCCGGACGAUCAAACUCAACCUACUUUUGAAAAGGAUCUAUAUUAAUACUAAGAGAUAGUCAAUUGUUUUCCAGAAGCGUUUUUUACUUUCGAGCAUCUGAAUGAGCUCCAGUUUCGAACCGAGCGAUUUCCACCUUCAUGUUACCCAGUGCUGCUUGUAAGAUAAGUAAGGUUAGGCAUCUGUUCUCUAGACCUAUUCUGUUAUUGAUCGGAAUUCGCUUCCAUUUAGUAAGUUAUUCUAUUGUUCUACGGUCUGGGCUUCAAGUAAAACCUACAAAAGCCAUGUAAUCUGGCUUAUACUACAUAAAUAGAAGAAAAACUGAAAGCAAGGGGCACACAUACACCAAUUCACGGCCUGGCCAGUACCUCACGCAUGCGCACAGCCAUAUCACCCGGGCAGUGUUCAGCCAUGAACAGCUGUUUUGCCCUUGUAUGAAUGUGUUGAUCGAGCGUAGCGGGCCAUGUAUGGGAGUAUCCUGAUAGUCAGUAGCUGUUUUGAUCGCGGCCCGCUAUAUUUUGACCAACAAGUAGCCUCACAUUUUAACAUAAAGUAACUUUCAACGUUUUUUUUUUUUUUUUUUUUUUUUUGGCUUUCUUCCCAACUGACUUGGGAGGCAAAACCGCAGAUGCCUAUCCCAUGGAAUGGCGCGCGCACGUUACAAAUAACAUCUUUAUGACGUUAUACAAGACUAGCAACGCAUCGCACGGAGGGGAAAUUUUCUAUCAUGUCGGAUAUAUCACUCCAGGUCACGUUGCAGUUUUCGGAAGAGCUACUUUGUCGGCCCCCGGAGCAAAGAAACGACGAGGAUAUACAAAAAGUCUUGUCGUGGGUACGACACAAGAGUUCUUUGUUCAAGAAUCUAGAGGAUGGUAAGUAGUGAAACCUGAAUGGCUAUCGUGGCUUGAUUUAUCAAUGCGCAAAAAAGGCAAACAGUUGUAAAGUUGCCUGAGCGUCUGACGACAGUCGACAAACGAUCGAAGGAAUCAUUUUUAUAACUUCGAGUGCUGCUCAGUCGAAGUUAUCAUUGCAUAAUAUUAUGGAUAAACUCACCCUUAGCCGGAAUAGAAAUGAGUUGAGGCGAGGAACUUCAGAACUAUGGAGUUGUGAUAUACCACGUGUUAUGAUGGCUUCUUUUCGGACAGUUUGUUUUCAAAAUGUGUACGCCAAAGAAAACAAAUUUUGGCGGAAAUGUGUAACUGUUCGAUGGUCAGUUGCUUUCUCUCAGUAUUGGAAAUAGACUCAGGGACCUACUGGAAGACCUCAGAACUUGAGAUUUCCGGUUAUUAAAUCUUCUUAUUUAUUCUUUUACAAAAUUUUGCGACACAUAUGAACCGUUAAUAAUUGCUCACGCCUUUAUUUCUCGACAGAUAUUUUAGCGUACGUUAUCAAGCAUGUAGAGUUUAUGAAAGUCAAGAAGGAUCACGUGAUUGUACGGCAAGGAGACAAAGGCAACUGGUAUUUAAAAAUGACCUUUGUUCAUGAUCAGAAUACAACUCGACCCACCCCCCACCCCCCUCACAAAAAAAUUAUAGCGAGAGGCCUUCAAGUUAAUUUCACGAAAAUCUUAUUCCAUACACCCAAAAAGGAAAGAACCGUAAUACACCAUUUUCUUGAGAAUAUUGGUAAUUAAAAUUGAGCUGAAGGAUACCGAUCGAUUACCCGAUUCAAAAGACGAGCUGUGUAACAUUGUCAAAACCCCCUUGCCGACAUUUGUCAUAGCUCUUGUAUUGACGGUUAUGCCAGCCCUACACUAUACCGGAUGGCUCUUGCCUUCGCAGGAAGAUCAUGGGGGCUGUUGUUCACCCAAGAACACUGCAUCGGAGCGGUUUUGUAACGAAGCGAACCCUCGACGAGCCGAUCGUGAAGGAGGAUUGUCACCUACACGUUCUUUUUUUUCUUUUAUAAGAAGGUUGUUUUUCCGACCCAGGGUGAAUAUUCUUAAUUUUCUGCCAAUUUUAGGCUGAAAAUAUUUUUGUUAUUAUUCUUAAAUCAUAGCUUAUGACAUUUCCGUUUUAGUUGGGGUAUCAGUUAUAGUUUUGAGUGCAUGUUUCUUUAUGCAUAUAUGAAAUAUAAGUGAAAAACAUAUAAUUGUAUUGUAUUUACUGAUUUUCAACACACAAAACUAUAUCCUUUUGAAAAUCUCAGCCUCGGGUUCAUUCUUAAAAUAAUCUUAAAAUUUCAAAAAUUUCAGCCUCGAUAUUCUUUUAAAAUGUAUUCUUAUAUAUAUAAAAAGAGUGUAUCGGAGAAGUUUCUGUGCCACUUUUGUGGCAGUGUGAACAAAUGUUCACACCAGGCAGGUCGGAGUAUUUUUCAUGUCGACAUGACAAAAUAUCCGGUAUAUACAGAUAUAGAUACACAUAUGGUCCAAACGUUACUUAUAUAUAGGUCUCUCAAUAUUCUAGGCCUCCUUGUAUCUAAAAAUGGCCGAAUAUGAUUUCAUAUUAUUCUUCAGGGGAAAGCACUAGAAACUGGCAAGUCGUCACACGGAGGGAGGAACGGGGGAUGGAAUGGGCAUCCACCAACUAACCGCCAUGUUCUAAACGAAUAAAAAACUGGGUACGAUAUGCGACCAUAAAUUUUCUUGGGUUCGUUUGAAGGUUAACAAACUUGCCGCGCAUGCUAUGUUCCAAACUGAUGAUAGUUUCAGAAACGCAACUAAUUUUCACUUUAAUUUACAGAAUUCCUAAAGAACCCGAUGAUACGCCAGGUAAUUCUUUUAAGUUAGAAUUACUUGCUACUGUCCGCGCCAUGUCUUUGCUGUCCCUCCAAACGAUCCCCAGAGCUUUUGUGGUUGUAAGUGAGUACUAGUUUUCUGCCCGUUUAGAACACGAACAUUUGAUCCAUAUUCAUCUCGUAAUUCCAUUACAGUUUCUUUGUGAUUCUCAAGGGAUCCGUCUCAGUUUACGCCAGAAAAGAGGAUGAUCACGUGGGCGAAUAUCACCCUCAACACGACAUGGGUGCGGUGCGUAGCACGCAGGAGAGGCUUGCGUACUUUGGAACUGAAUUGGGUAGUCUGAAAGGCGGUCGUAGCUUUGGUGAGAUGGUUCUUACGAGUGAAAGAAAGGACCGAAACGCUACGGUCAUAGCCGAUGAGCUAACUGAUUUGAUAAUUAUAAACGAGGAACUGUAUAAGAAGUCUUUUCAAGUACAUAACCUAGAGUGGAAGGAGAAGUCGAGCUUCGCUCUUGCUUGUCCGCUGUUCCUCUCAUGGCCAACAGCGCUGAAGGCUCUUCUGAUUGAGAACCUCAAACUGCACAAAAUUCACUUCGGAAAUCGCGUGGUGGAACAAGGACAUCCGUGUAACUCAGUCUAUUUCAUCGCCAAAGGUGCUGCAAGAGUUUUGUCGGAUCCACGCAAGUCUAAAGAACAGUGCGAAGCUCUAAGUCCAAAAAGGGUACCGAAGAAAAAAGAGAUUAACGUAGAGGAGGAAGUAGAAAAGAUUGAACUAAAUGCGAUGGAAGAUCUGUUGCGACCUUUGACGGUCAUUGAGCGACGCCGUAGACGGAUUAAACAUGGUUUCGUUGCCAUGGAGACCAGGCUUCGUCAGCGUGAGAUACAAGCAGCUACCAUUGGUCCUAAUGACGUCAUUGGUGAUAUAGAAAUGGUUCUUGAUAUUCCCGAGUACUGUGCGAGCGUGGAAUGCGUUGAGACGCUAGAGGUAUAUGAGCUGGAUAAGGCUAGCUUUCAACGGCUGGUUGCCCGUCGCAGCCCAGAGACCCUGGAGUUACUGCGCAAGUUGGUAAUUACGAAAUUGAAACUUCGAACUGAACGCUUCGAGGAAAUACCAUUGUUCAAAUAUCUUUUCAGUCGAGCAAUAUGCCUACCACAGUACGGGAAACCGAAGGAGAUAAGAAAGAAUUAUAUACCACAACUGGAACGAACGAGACCUCUUGGCAAACGCUGGAAGAAAAUCGAAAAUGUAGUGAAGGCAACCACACAGUUACUGGCGGCGCCAGGUGCAAAGAAAGGAGAGAGAAAAAACAAUUCAGAAAAUAGAGGAGAAACAGUUAUCAAAGAGAACGAGACACAAAACGGGCAAGUUAUUAAACAGGGAUAUUUUUACAACUCCAAAAAUAAAUGUAUUCGAAGCCAUAAAAAAACCGGUUGAUAUUGUCUUGAGGGUGUUUUCCAAAAGUCAGAACUGGCCGGCCGGACUGGUAAUGUUGAAAAUAAAAUACCAGUCUUUUCUCGAAAUUUUCACUAAAACACAUUACAUGCGGUAUACCAUUUACGAAUAAAUGGAUCUGGCUGGAUAGUCACGAUUAAUGGAGGAAUUUUCGCUAAGGUUAGACUCAUCUGGCCUGUCAGUUCUGACAAAUGUUAAGUGCCCUAGUGAACAAUUUUGGAAACUGAUCUUACAGUAUCGGUUAAAGCUAGUUAUCAAAAUGAAAGUUGUAGCCUUUUCACAAAUUUGCUUUGUAAAAUUACUAAUUAAAUAGCAUGCCAGUAUUCUUAAUAUUUUUUAGUAAAGAGUUUCACUAUUGAUCCAUGCUGCACCGUGGUGCGUGAGUUCAUGCGCACUACAGCAAAAGAUGUCUCUCUCUUGUAAUGCACUCAUGAUGAUCAUAUAGGUUCUGUCUCUUUUUCAGUGAAAAGAUACGACGAGAGAAGAAACGCUCAAACAGAAAGGUAAAAAAUAGUCGAUAAAAAAUAAACAGACAGUUGUCCUUUUUACGAUGAAAAAGGGAAAGAAAAUGUAGUAAAAUUAUUUAUUUUGACAGCUGAAUAGGGAAUACCAGUCACGUGUCAACUACGCGUUGGACUUCCUGCAUAAUAAACUUCGUUCGCUAAAGUACUAUACCCAGUAGCUUUCCACUUUAUACAGCUUUAUUAACGGUCCACUGGAAUUAAGUACGGCUUUCACUUGAGAGGUCACACUUUAGGAUCUCCUUUACCCCAGCAAAGAUCAAGAAUCAAAAGUUAAGUAAAGUUAGAAACACCUUGUACAGCAUAAUAAACAGUUCCACAGGAAACUACUACUCAGAAUAGCUUUCAUUUGAAUAUGGUUGCACUUAUAGGAUUUCAUCAACAGACUCCAAAGCUAGAACCUCCUUGUACAACAUAAUUAACAGUACCACAAGAAAAUACUAAUGUGAAGAGGCCCUAGGUCACAAUGGUCACACUUAUAACCAGCAACUCACUCCAGACAGUCAGGCGUACUCCAGAGUGCAAUAUCGAUACUCGUGGUUUAGCUGGGACAAUGUCAACCGGAGGUGCGCCUUCUCCUCUUGUAAUAUGCUUUGAGGCUAACAAAUUUGUAGACCCCAAUUGGUACAAAAAUCGUUCAAAAUCGCACCUUAAGUGUGCAAAGAGUCCACUUCCAGUUGACGUACAUCGCUCAAAAGCUCGGCACUCAUUUUAAUAUUAUUCUGCUUAUUAGCACCCUUAUACAUGAUGGGUCAUCUUCUCCAUUUUAUCUCCAUAUUACAGGAGGUAUCCAAGAGCAAGCAGUACACCUCCGAAGAUUUUCGGGCUCUAAAGAAGAAAAUGCAGGCUCAACGAAAAAUGAUCGGCAGAGUAUCGGACUAAGUAGUAAAAAAGUGUGUACUAUAACAAUUCUGUGUUUAUUCUCGAAUAAAAAGUCUUAAUUUCAGCUGGGAUGGCGUACAGAAAUGCAUGAACUUGUUUAAUAGCAACCAAUUAUAAACUUACCAAGUGAAAUAAAAGUUGAGGUAAAUAUGUGCAUUCAUUUUGUGUUUGUUCAGUUGGUCUAAUACGUCUAAUACUAGCCAGCAAGGAGGUAUAGAUAAUUAUUAGACGAAUUUAUUUUCUAAAUUUUGAAAGGUAUUCCAGGUUAAGUGAGUGAAGUAUGAGUUAGUGCAUUGAAUGAAUAUUUAUAGAUGGUCACUUUUAGUGUGACAUGUUUACACUCUUUCUGGCCUCCAGCUCAUAUUUAGUCUCGAGUCUAUCAUGAGGUAAAGGUUGGGUAGGACUACCAAGAAUCCAAUUAUACAACAUAAAGAAGAUUGGGCUCUGAGCCAUAUGACUUUAAACUCAAAGUUUGACGUUCCUCUAAAGGCAAAAAAGAGGUAUUUUAACACAAACAUUUAAACACCCAAAUCUAACAUAAACUUCAGUAAAUACUAUUUCUUUAUCUAUUGAGUUAAAUUUCUAUUUAGUUAUUUAUUUAUUUAUUUCAGUUGUGAUUUACUAUGUGUGUUUUUUUUCUUAUGAUGCUUAUUCUUGUGCCUGUGGAUAG